GGGCGGGACUUCCGGCCUCCUCCUUGUGGCGGCCAUUUUGCUGCUCUCGGGCGUGCCGGGGCGGGACCGAAGUGACGGAACUGUCAAGGCUCAGGAGUCGUUGUCCCCACGGCGGAGAGGCGGGUCCGCGGCUCGGCGACGACGCCGCUCGAGCUGUCCCGCGGCGGGUGUCUGCUCCUCUUUCGCCGCUCUGGGCCCCGCUCCGCCCACAGAGUCCGAUGGCGGCGGCCGCGCGCAGGCACCCGGCUCAGGAUAGUGUGUCCUUUGAGGAUGUUGCUGUGUACUUCUCCUGGGAGGAGUGGAGGCUCCUUGAUGAAGCUCAGAGAUGCCUGUACCACGAUGUGAUGCUGGAGAACUUUGCACUUAUAUCCUCACUGGGUUGCUGCUGUGGAGCAGAGGAUGCAGAGGCACCCCUUGAACAGAGCGUUUCUGUAGGUGUGUCACAGGCCAGCACGCCCAAGGCAGCUCUGUCUUCCCGGAAGACCCACCCCUGUGAGAUGUGUGGUCCGGUCUUGAGAGACAUUUUCCACUUGGCUGAGCACCAGGGAAAGCCAAGCAGCCAGAAACUGUUGAGGUGUGGGGCAUGCACAAAACGAUUUUAUUUCAGCGUAAACUUUCAGCAGCAGCCAGAGCAGCACACGGGAGUGAAACCAUUCAGAAGCAGUGUGGACAGGACCUCUUUUGUGAAGAGCUGUGGAUUCCAUGAUUCAGGAAAGCCCUUUACCUGUGGAGAGAUUGAGAAAGACUUCCUGCCUGGCUCAGGGCAUCUGCAACAAGGGGCCAUUCAUACUGGAGAAAAGCUAAACACAAUCAGCCAGUGCAGGGCAACUAUACAGAGCAGAAAAAGUCAUUACACCUGGGGAGAAUGCAAGAAAGCCUUCGGUCCCAAACACAUGCUUUCUCAGGACCAGUGUUUUGUGUGCAGUGAAUGUGGGAAAACAUUCAGCUACAAAUCUUCAUUUGUUAUCCACCAGAGAUUGCAUACUGGAAAAAGGCAUCAUGAGUUUGAUGAAUGUGGAAAAUCCCUUCAGCAAAGCUCAGCCCUCAGUCAGCAUGGAAAGACUCACUCCGGAUCCAGGCAAUACAAGUGCAGCAAAUGUGGGAAAUCUUUAAGCCACAAAUCCGUUCUCAUUCAUCCCCAGCGAUGGCACGGUGGAGAAAACAGUUAUAUGUGUGGUGAAUGUGCAAAAUCUUUUAGUCAGAGCUCAGUGUUCAUUCCAUGUAGAGUUCAAACUGGAGAAAGGCCUUAUAAGUGUGGUGACUGUGCAAAAUCUUUUACCUCUAUCUCUGCCCUAAGUUAUCAUCAGAGAUCUCACACAGGGGAAAGGCCCUAUGAGUGCAGUGAAUGUGGGAAGUCUUUUAUCUCUAGGUCUGACCUCCGUUAUCAUCAGAGAGUUCAUUCUGGAGAGAGGCCUUAUGAAUGCAGUGAAUGUGGGAAAUCCUUUAUCACUCGUACUGCUCUCCGUUAUCAUCACAGGGUUCACACUGGGGAGAGGCCUUAUGAAUGCAGUGAAUGUGGCAAGUCCUUUACCCGAAGAAAUAACCUCAUUAUACACCUAAGAGUUCACUCAGGUGAAAGACCUUAUGAGUGUAGUGAAUGUGGGAAAUCUUUUACCUUUAGUUCCAGCCUGCGAUAUCACCACAGAGUUCACACUGGAGAAAGACCUUAUGAGUGUAGUGAAUGUGGGAAAUCUUUUAACAAUAGGUGGACACUCAUUCGACACCGGAGAAUUCACACAGGAGAAAAGCCGUAUGUGUGCAAUAAAUGUGGGAAAUCUUUUACCUGUAGCUCCACCCUACAGUAUCAUCAUCGAGGUCACCUUGGAGAGAGGCCUUAUGAGUGCAGUGAAUGUGGGAGAUCUUUUACUACUAGCUCUGCCCUCCGUUAUCACCAGAGAGUUCACACUGGAGAAAGGCCUUAUGAGUGUAACGAAUGUGGGAAAUCUUUUAUUUCUAGAUCUGACCUCCAUUAUCAUCAUAGAGUUCAUUCUGGAGAAAGGCCUUACGAGUGUAGUGAAUGUGGGAAAUCCUUUAUCCGAAGAAAUAACCUUAUUUUACAUCAGAGAGUUCACACAGGAGAAAGGCCUUACAAGUGUAGUGAAUGUGGGAAAUCUUUUAAUAAUAGGUGGACCCUGAUUCAACACCAGAGAGUUCACACAGGAGAAAAACCGUAUGUGUGCAAUGAAUGUGGGAAAUCUUUUACCUGUAGCUCCACACUUUGUUACCAUCAAAGAGUUCAUGAAGGUAAAAGGCCAUAUGAGUGCAGUGAAUGUGGGAAAUCUUUUACCUCCAGUUCUACCCUCCGUUACCAUCAGAGAGUUCACACAGGAGAGAGGCCUUACAAGUGCAGUGAAUGUGGGAAAUCUUUUACCUUUAGUGCCAGCCUUCGUUAUCAUCACAGAGUGCACAGUGGAGAAAGACCUUAUGAGUGCAGUGAAUGUGGGAAAUCCUUUAAGGAUAGAUCACAAUUCAAUAAACACCGGAGAACUCACACGGGAGAAAGGCCUUAUGAGUGCAGUGAAUGUGGGAAGACUUUUAGCCAAAAAUCUUCCCUGUCAAUACACCAGAGAAUUCAUAAUAGUGAACGGUCUUAUGAGUGUAGUGCUUGUGGGAAAUCCUUUACAUCUAUCUCUGGCCUUGGUUAUCAUCAUAGAGUUCAUAGAGGAGAAAAGCCUUAUCAGUGCAGUGAAUGUGGGAAAUCUUUUACCAACAGCUCCAUACUGAUUCGACACCAGAGAGUUCACACAGGAGAAAGACCUUAUGUGUGCAGUGAAUGUGGGAAGUCUUUUACCAGUAGCGCUACCCUCUCUUACCAUCAGAGAGUUCAUGCAGGGAAAAGGCCUUACGAAUGCAGUGAAUGUGGGAAGUCUUUUACUUCCAGUUCCACUCUUCGUUAUCAUCAAAGAGUUCAUGCAGGAGACAGGCCUUAUGGGUGUAGUGAAUGUGGGAAAUCUUUUAUCUCUAGCUCCAAGCUACGUUACCAUCAGAGAGUUCACACUGGAGAAAGGCCUUAUGAGUGCAGCGAAUGUGGAAAAUCCUUCAGGGAUAGUUCCCAAUUCAGUCAACACCGGAGAGGUCACACUGGAGAAAGGCCUUAUGAGUGCAGUGAAUGUGGGAAAUUUUUUACACGAAAAUCUACACUCUCCCAACAUCAGAGAGUUCACACUAGAGAAAGGCCUUAGGUGUGCGGGGAAUGUUCAAUUUCCUAUCCACUGUAACAACUCUGGAGGGAGCUUUGAGGAGUCCUCUAUCUGGACUGAAUCUCAGACAUCUAAACAUGCUCAGUGGGGAGAUCCCUUGUAAGUUUCAUUGACAUGGUAAGCUUGUGUAAAUAUGUUGCACUUGCCAUACUGUUCAGGGCUCUUUCCAGAUUUAGGUCACAGCUAGAUCUUGUGCCCAAAGCCUGUUCUCCUCUACCGCCUGGCAGGUCCCCAAGGUGUGUAUUAGUUUACCACCACAGUGUGUUCAGGGAGGCUGACCUUUGUUCCCUCAUGAAUUGGAGCAAAUUAGGAGUAACCUGAGCCCUUAGGGGUCAGCUUCCCCAUCUUGACUACCUUCAGCCUGAACCUGAAUCAUUGAUGACCCAGAGAGUAUGAGUUUGGCUGGCAGCUUACAGAGAAUAACUACCUUUUUCAGGAACAUGAUGGUCUCCUGUGAUACUUGUGAGAUGUUUUUCCAGUUUCCAAGUCACAAACUUGAGAGUGGUCUGCUGAACAUUGCUUUGGCUUAAACAAUAAUCAAGGCCCUUUUUUUUUUAAUGUUUAUUUUUUAGAGAGAGCACACACGAAUGGGAGAGGGCCAAGAGAGAGAGAAUCUGGAGCAGGUUCCAGGUUCUGAGCUGUCAGCACAGAGCCCUAUGUGGGGCUCAAACCCACAAAACAUAAGAUCAUGAGCUGAGCCAAAGUCAGAUGCUGAACCAACUGAGCCACCCACGUGCCCCUCGAGGCCUUACUUUUUAAAUCCUUUUUAAUCUUGAAUGUUCUACUUACUCUGUGGGGUGGUUUAUAAACAGAUUUGGGCUCAACAACCAUUAGAGGGUGAACUUUUUAGGAGUCUCAAAUUGUCCAUGCCUGAGGAGGGAGAGGAUGAUGGCAGAAAGUAGGUUGCCAGCCUUGACCAAAUCUGUAUCACUGCCCCACAACCUCUGAAAAACUGCAGGGCUUUCUGGUUUUCAUUUGAGGUCUGGAUGCUUUGUGUUUUAGGAGUCUCAGUGAUGACCCCAAGCAGGGGACAAGUGUGAGACCCUCAGAGGCUUUUGAAAGCAUGAAUUUUUCACUUACUCAGAGGAGCUAUCACAGGGGAUGUCAGUACUGUUGAGGUGUUUUCUUCCACAGCUCUGCAAACAGCCAUGUGCCCUGAUGUCCACAAUCCAUUGGGCCAGGGUCACUGGUUGUAAGACCACAGGCAUCUGGGGAAACCAUAAUUCAUAAAGAAACACUGGCUUAAAUAGGGAGUGGAGGAAACUGCAGCCAACUUGAUGGAAUGUGCCUCUUCUAAAAAUGUGUCCAGGAAAGUUUCUGUGACCAUGACUUUGCAGGAUCAGUGUGUACACAAAUCUCAGGACCUCCGGGCACAUUUAUCUUAUGUAGCUAAAGUAAUUGUCAGAGAAAAAAAUAAAAAUUAAAAUAAUCAAAAGGUUUUGUGGAUUCUGUGAUGUUUGCCUCAAAGCCGUUAUCACACAGACAGGAAAAGAAAAAAAAGAUAAAGGAGGAUCUAUAUUCCUGGGAUGUGGAGCAUUCCUGUUGACUUGUAUGGAAAUAUUAUUCACUGUUCUCCACAUUUGCUGCCACUGAGGUGAUACCCCCAUAGGCGUGGGGAAGAUUGAUGGAGUCAGUGUGCCAAACAGGUUGCCAAACCUGUUUUCCAAAAAGAGUGGGACAGUCUAUCUUGAGCUUUAUUCAAGAUACAGCCUACAUGUACUAACCUGCAUAUAUUUAAAGUAUAAUUUUAUAAGUUUUGACAUAGUUCUGAACCUCUAAAGCCAUCAUCAUAGUCCUGAUAAUAACCAUAUCUGUCACAGUAUGUUUACUUAGGUCCUUUUAUAAUCUUUGCAUCCCACCUCUGUAGGUAACCAUUUGUUUCUCCUACAAUAGACAGAUUGAGUUUAUGUUUGGAAUUUAUGUGUCACAAUUACUUAGAGACUCAUCAAUGAUACCAUGUGAGUAGUGGGUUUUAUUCGUUUUUGCCAAGUAAUAUUUUUGGAUAUACCAGUUUAUCCAUUUAUCAGUGUACGAGGAUUUUUUUUUUUCUAGAUUUUGACUACUGAAGAUAAGGCUAGUAUAAACAUUAGUGCUCUCUAUGUGAAUGUAUGUUUCCUUGAUCUUCUGUCAGUAACUUAGAGUGUAAUGUCUGGGUCACAGGGUAGGUAAAUGUUUUACUUUUGAUUCUACAUUUUGCAUCUUCCCAGCAGUGUCUCAGAGUUCCAUUUCCUCUGUUUGGCCAAUCAUUUUAAUUUUAGUCCUUUUAAUAAGUUUUUAGUGUUAUCUCACUUUCUGUUUAAAUUGCAUUUCUGUAAGGAUUCACAAUGGGCAUUUUUUCCAACGUUCAUUUGCUAUCUACAUCUUUGGUAACAUGUCUGCACAUAUCUUUUUACUAUUCUUUGAGCUUUGACUAUUUCCUUUAAGAAACAGGACAGUGAAACAAGUGUGUGUGUGCACAAUUCACAAUGGGAUGGACACUUAUGCUGUACCCUUUUAAAUUUUUUCUGCAUUAUUAACAUAUUCUCCAUCACAUUCUUAAGUCCAGUCAUUGAGGAAUACAAUAAAGUCUUUCUUUGUAGUGGUUUACCCAUUUUCCUGCUUUAUCACCAUCGGUGACCAUUGGUUGGUGGGCUGGAGCAGGUGGCCGAUAACAUUGCAUCAGGAUGGGCUGGGUUAGACUUUACUUUGAGUCCCAAAACCUGGCGGGGCGGAGGGUGGGGUGGUAGUGAUGUAGAGGUCAUUGAUCACACUCCCCAGGUCCUGGUCCAAGCUGCCUAUGUUUAAUUCUUGGAUUCCUGGCCAUAAUAAAGACCCGCAGGCAAAUGCGCCCAUUGGGGGCCUCAGUUUUCUCUUAUGUAUAAUGGGCAUUAGGAGCUGCCCCACCCCUGGUCCUUUGGAAGAUGUGAAGAGCUGUGUCCAUUCCUGUAUAGCUCCACCUGUAGGGGGCAUCCUAGGGCCAGGCACCUGUAGCUCUCCCAGUUACCACCAGACGCCUAUGCUCCCACGUGCGUGCUGGAAAGAAAUGGGGCGUCUCAGAAGCCCAGAAGCCCCUGAUCCAAAUCAGUCCCCAAAAACCACCUGUAAGGAGGAGGGUCUGCACAAUACCAAGGUCUUGGUGUGGAUUCCCCAGCUAGGAAUAUCUGAGCAACUAGCUAGGGCCCCCUGAGCCUGUUUGCUGACUAUGACAUAGAAGCGAUGAUGGGGUUUACUUGAGCUCCUGGGAACAUGAAUAAACGUAACAAAACACUGAGCACUUAUGCCGGAAUCCCAUAGGACUUUGAGUUUGUAUAUGAUGUUUUAUAUCAAGUUUUUAAUAUAAAUAUUUCCAUAACUUUCCUUUUUCACAGUUCUCUCACUGUGCUUAACUCUGAUUUAUUGGCAUUUAUAUUGCAUUAGUAAUACCCUAGUUUUGUUCGUUCUAUAGAGUGCCUCAUAAAUCAAUGUUUACUGUAGAACUUUGACUAAUCCAUCUAUAUAUGACCUAGUUUAUUUUCUCUUCUGAAUCACUCUAUAACUGAAGCCAAGAGCAUGCUUGUCAAUUGGUGGAUUAUCACAGAAAUAUUUUGAUUCAUUUUCAUAUAUACUGGGAGAGCUCUUCUUAUGGACCUCUACUUGCCCUAACUGCUGAAUUAAUUCUCCUCACACCCUCUUAAAACAAAUUCAUGAUGCUUAAAUGCAAAAUGAUGAGUACUAUUAUAAAGGUGUGUUAUUCCACACCAGAGAUUCUUUUCAUAGUUACCUUCUGGGUUCGUUAAGGAUCAUUUUUUUCUUUCCUAAAAAUUCAAUGCAGGUUUUAUUUAAAAUUUAUAUUGUUUAAUAUGAUGUAAACAACAGAUGAUAGUUGGAAAAACAAAAAGCAUUCUUAUUUUAAUGAAUAUUCAUUUGAGUGCACUGGAAAGCUUCCAAAUACAUUUUUUAAAAAUUCAGUGAAAUGUGGCUGGUAAAAGUGUAAGUGAUAAAGUAUUAAGUAUUCUAUAAGUUUUCUACAAUUAGGAUGUUUUUGAAACAUUUAAAAUUUUCAGUCUACUUUAGCUCUGAAUGGGUUAAAGGGAAGUUUUUAAAUCAAAAUGAAAUCACAAUGAAACUUUUGUAUAGGUGUGUGUGUGUGUGUGUGUGUGUGUGUGUGUGUUUGUAUCUUCAUAUAUUGGAUAGUUUCCACAAAAAUUGUUUUAAAAUUUUGCCUAGUAUUUUAUGGCUUGUGUGAAUACUGAAAAUAUCAGUUCUGUUUUACAUCCUGUGUUAUUUUUGUGGUUAAUUUUUUAGUUGUAUUUUUGUAUUGUGCAUAUAUUUUUAUUUUUAAAAAGUGAAAAGCAUAUUUUGUGGCUUUAAAUUGAGAUCUUGUUUUGUAAUGACUUGGACAUUUAAAACAAUUUUUUUUAAUGUUUAUUUAUUUUAGAGAGAGACAGAGUAUGAGCAGGGGAGGGGCUGAGACAGAGGGAGAUACAGAAUCCAAAGCAGGCUCCAGCCUCUGAGCUGUCAGCACAGGGCCUGACGUGGGACUUGAACUCACCAACGGUGAGACCAUGAACUGAGCUUAAGUCGGACACUUAACCAACU